GGCAGUGCUGGUCUCAUCCAUCUACCUACCGACUGGCUUAAGAUUGCCUCCUGUGCUCCCGCCUGUUGUGACUUGUUCUCAUCCUCCCCGGUGUUGUUGGUGUUGUUGUUGGUGGUGGUUACGGUGGUGGUGGUGGUGGUCUUGCUACUCCGGUGCUGCUGUUGGAUCUUCGCUGAAUAUGAAGGCGUUCGUUGCCUCACUCUGCCUCCUCCUCCUCCUGCUGGGACACUCCUGCAGGGGAGAUAACAUGUUGAAGGGCGCGAUGGAGGACACGGCGGUGAAUGAAGUGGACGCUUCUGAGGAUCACUUUGCGGCGGAGGAGGAGGUGAAAGCGCUGCCACCCAGCCCUGACACACAUCAUGAGGACUCCCACCCCGCUUCCAGUCAAGUGUCCCUGCAUUCUCUGCCUACCCGGAGAUAUCCUGGCAGGACGCGUGACCCCCAUGCAGCCCACAGUCCCCGCCGCCGUGGUCAGUACCCAAGAGUCACCACGUACCGCCACAGCCUCCCCAGUAAGCGUCGUCAGCCCCUCCGACGGAUCUACGGCGUGGCCCCUCACCCUGCCUCUCAGGGUUUCUACAGUCCCUACAGGUUCUCGCCCCCUCACUUCCCCGUCGUGUCUGAUCGUGCUGUGCGCUUCAGGGACUCUGCACGUCCUGAUGGUGCCUCCUCCAGGUUUCCCGACAGUCCCACGUUUUCUGUAUCACAACCGUAUCCCCACACACCAUUCUCUGCCUCUUUUCGUCCGUUCACGCCCUUCUCAUUCGUGCCUCGCCCCGUCACGCCCAACACGGCUCUCGUCCCACCCUCAUCCCUGCCGCGCCCAGACACCUCAGUACCCUUUCCGCCGCAGCGCCUCGUCCCCCGCCCCGUCACCCCAACGACUUCUGACGACUCCUUCCUCAGCCUGGUGGACGUGAGGUCUGCGGGAGUGUUCCCCGGCGACACCUUGCCUCAAGACUCUACUGGACACCUCGGUGAUCCCACCAACCACGUUCAUAAUGUCAAUGACCUCCCUUCCCCCGCCACUGACCCCAGGAACCUUAUGUAUGACCCCAGGAACUUUGUACGGCCCAACGUUGACCUCACAGGUAUUGUUGACCAUCGCGUCGCCCGCCCAGCGCAAGACAGUGAUAUCUUCUUUGCCUCGGACCUCAGACCAUCAGGUUCCUCUGUCAGGCCCUCCUUCGCCAGCCAAAAUCGUCCAUGCUCCGCCAACACCGUCAGUCGCGUCGUUAACUCACCGCCCUUCGCGAACCACGAGCCAGUGCUGCAUGGAGGUGUCCUGACUUUCGCUGGCCGCGGUGACAGUUUCGUUAAUCCGCUUAGCACUCCCAUCGUUGACCGGGACGGGAGUGUCAUUAACCAGGGGGUGCCGUCCGUAGCUAACUACCAUACGCAUUUCACUGACCGGGAGGGAUCCUUCGAGGGUUCUACGCCUCAGGGUUGCGUUAAUGCAGAGGAUCCUUUCGUUAACCAAGAUGUCCAAGCUCUCGAUAACCGCCCUGCUUUCGCUGACCGUGACACUGUAUUCGCUAACCACGGUGUAAGGUAUCCUGUCGCUUAUCCAGCUGGUCAUAGGACUCCCCCGCAGGAUCUCAGUGCAGUGUUGGUCAGCCCUCCCUUCCCGCGCUAUGCUCCCUAUCCGGUUCCCUCUGGUGGCCACUACGGGAACUAUUACCAGAGUAGUCAUAAUUAUGGUGGUUAUUAGGCAAGAGAACGUUGUUGGUUCCUCCCUCUGUUCCUUUGUUUUCUUCUUCGUCUUUUAUUGAUCGUCCUUGGCUUCCUCCUCCUCCUCCUCCUCCUCCUCCUCCUCCUCCUCCUCCUCCUCCUCCUCCUCCUCCUCCUCCUUCUCCUCCUCCUCCUCCUCCUCCUCGAAAACGACCAUUGUCAAACACGACCUCCGGAAAAUCAGGACCUCUCGUAGAGUUAGUGUAAGGAAACAGUGUAAUGAUAUUUUAUUUUUUUUUGUAGUGUAAAUAUCUAGUACUAAAUGAUGAUGUAUUGCUACUACUACUACUACUACUACUACUACUACCUGUAUUAGUUUAUCUUUUCAUUUUAUUCUCGUUAAUAUAUACAUUCAUCACAA